AUGGAGAUAACACCCGGGAGAUGUUCCCAAGACGCUCCAAUCGACUGCUCAGACAUCUUUCAACCUCUACAAGGUCCUGAAGGACAAACACGAGAAGAGAACAUUAGAGCUGUGGAGACUGACAGUCUCAGACACAGAGAAAGAGAAGAUUACAGACCAGAAGAGCAGAAGCUCAGAACAGUUCUGACUAAAGCCAUUGCCGGAAUUGGAAAAACUGUCUCAUUGCAGAAGUUCAUUCUGGACUGGGCUGAAGGAAAAGCCAAUCAGGAUGUAGAGCUCAUGAUUGUGCUUCCAUUCCGGGAGCUGAACCUGAUUAAAGUUGAUCGAUACAGUCUUCAUGGACUUCUGUGUGCCUUCCAUCCUGAGCUCAAGGAUCUGGACCCAGAGAUUUAUGAUCAGAUCAAGGCUGUGUUUAUAUUUGAUGGUCUGGAUGAAAGCAGAAUUCCACUGGACUUUGAAGAGUGUGAGAAAGUACCUGACAUCACCAUGGCAUCAUCAGUGGGUGUGUUGAUGACCAACCUCAUCGAAGGAGAGCUGCUUUCCUCUGCUCUGAUCUGGAUCACCUCCCGACCAGCAGCAGUCAAUCAGAUCCCUCCUAAAUACAUCAACCGUCUGACAGAGAUUCAGGGUUUCAGUGACCCACAGAAGGAAGAGUACUUCAGUUUAAGGAUCACUGAUGAAGACCACGCCAAGAGAAUCAUCUCCCACAUUAAGGCAGCAAGGAGCCUCCACAUCAUGUGCCACAUUCCAGUCUUCUGCUGGAUCUCAGCCACUGUUCUUCAGCAGAUCAUCAAACAGCGUCGUACAGAAAUUCCUAAAACUCUGACUGAAAUGUACUCACACUUCCUGCUCACUCAGACCAACAUGAAGAAUUAGAAGUAUGAGGAGAAAGAUGAGAGAGACCCAAAGAACCUGCUGGAGUCCAACAGAACCAUUCUCCUGAAACUGGCCAAACUGGCUUUCAAACAGCUGAUGAAGGGCAAUGUGAUGUUCUAUGAAGGAGAUCUGAGAGAGUGUGGCAUUGAUGUCACUGAGGCCUCAGUGUGUUCUGAGAUUUUCACUGAGAUCUUCAGGGAGGAAUGUGUGGUUUUUCAGAGGAAGGUCUACAGUUUUGUUCAUCUAAGCUUUCAGGAGUUCCAGGCUGCUGUUUUUGUGUUUCACUGCUAUGAGAUCAAGAACAUGGAGCCACUGCAGAUACUCAACCCAACAAACAGAAAGUGGUCUAAGAAUGUUCUACUGGAUGAGCUGCUGAUGGGAGCCGUGGAUAAAGCUGUUAAGAGUCAGAAUGGACAACUGGAUCUUUUCCUCCGUUUCCUGCUGGGCAUCUCACUAAAGUCCAGUCAGAGACUCCUACAGGGUUUAAUGAUCCCCAAACAGAGCAACUCUGUGGGAACCAGACAGCACAUCAAAAAAUAAUCACAGAAUAUAUAUAUCCAAUCUCCACUGAGAGUUCUGUCUGAGAUGAAUGACCAGUCUCUCGCCAGAGAGCUUCAGGAGCAUCUAAACUCAGCUAAACACUCAGGAGUAAAUCUCUCUCCUGCGCAGUGUUCAGCACUAGCCUUUAUGCUCCUGAGCUCAAGGGAGGUGCUGGAUGAGCUGGACUUGAGGAAAUACAGCACAUCUGUGGAGGGCUAUAGGAGACUGAUCCCAGCUCUGGCUCUUUGCAGAAAAGCUCGGAGAAAGGAGGAAACCCACGCAGACAUGGGGA